UGUAAUAUUUCGGCAGCAAGAUGAAACCUAUUUCGCUCGGGCUCCUGAUAAUGGCUGUAUCGAUUGUGGCUGUAAGUGGUGGAACAUACCGUUUCGAAUUGGACAACUUUAUGUCAGAAGAAAGCUCCUAUCUUCCCGGCAACGUUAAGCAAGUCAAGCUUGAGGUUAACCCUCAAUACGCACAAUCUAUGCCGGUGGACUAUAUUAAACAUCUAAAUGAUGUCUUAUCUUCUGGGAAUUUUCUUGAAAAUGAGGCUCCUGAAAAUAAUACAAAUGGUAAUGGAGAAGAUCUAAAUGAUGCAUGUCAGAAUCAAACUCAAAGUGGAGAAACGGGGCAAGAACAAAAUCUUAAGGAUGGUACUGAUAAUUCGGCAACAAUUUUUAAGACUGAUAUUCGCAUUCAAAUUUCUUCAAAAAAUGAACAAGGAGAGAGCAGCUCUUCCGACGGCGUUAGUGAGGAGCAGAAUGAAAAGGGGGCUAAACAGAACAUUGAUAAGCCUUGUGCUAAAAAAACGAUUAAGAAACAUCAAAGUUCGUUAAACAGAAAAGAAAGUCAAGGGAAAAAUGAUUGCGGCUGCGAAAUUUGUACGCACUCUUGAAAUCUAGAAGCUUCUCCAGUUUCUGCUAUGUGUUAAUAUGCAAAAUACACACAUUCAAAUUUAUUGAAGACUAAAAUUAAAAUUCCAGCAAAAUGCCCUAAUUUGUAAACAGCAAAUUUGAGGACCUCAAACCCAAAAAA